GGAAGUUUUGUUUCCGGGAACGUUUGGUGAUGUGGCUCUGCUCUGAAAUCCAUCCGAGGAAAUAUAUCAAAUAAAAGCCAGACACAUUUACCUGGAAAGCACUCGUACAGUGCCAUCUUUAUGCUCAGCCGUCUGGCCACAGUCCUCCAGGAGCUCUCUGGAGAGGAGGGCCCAGAUGGAGACCCGCAGGGCACACUAGUGCCUCAGCUCCCUGCUGAUGAGGGUCAGGCUACAAUGGGGUCUGAGUUACCUGAGGAGGCCAUGGAAAGGCUGACCCACCUGGAACAACUGGUGGUCCAGCUGAAGGAGCUCAUCCGAGACAAAGACACCCAGCUCCUCCAAAAGGACACUGAGCUGACCAGCAAAGAUGCUCAGCUCAAGAACGAGAGAGAAGAAGCUGAGGCCCGUUUCACCAAACUCAAGCUGCAGGCCAAAGCCAAGAUGGCAUCGCUCACCAAACAGAUAACUGAGUUGAAAGGUCAAGGAGGAGCAACACAGAGUCCAGACAGCUCUUUCACUGGAGCCGGUGCUGCAGUCGAGGAGGAGCUCCAAGAGCUGAAGAACAAGCUGAGCGAGGAGGAAGCCAGGAGCCGAGAGCUUAAAGAACGACUUCAGACCUUUGAGCAGCUCCUUCAGGAGAAAGAAGCUGCCCAUGGUGAACAGCUGCGGGUACUGCAGGCGGUGGUCUGUGAGAAGGACGUGCGUUUCCAGGAACAGAUUCAGAAACAUGAAGAGGAGCUGCUGAAGACCACAGCGCUGUCUCAGAAUGAGGGCGAGAUUCAGAAGCAGCGCUGUGAAGAGCUCGAAGAGGCCCUAAAGGCUCGUGCAGGAGAGCUGGAAAUGCUGCAGCAGGAAGUGAGCAGUGCUGAUCAGCAGAAACAGAUCCUGACUGCUCAGUUCCGGCAGAUGGAGCAGGAACUGGCGGAGGCUGUCAAGCUGAGGGAGGAGGAGAGGCAACAGUGGGCUGAACAGGCGAGCAGGGCUGAUGCAGAACUCGCAGGCCUUCGAGCCAGCCUGGAGGCCCUGGAAAAAGAGAGAAUGGAAGUGGCAAGGCAGGAGUGUGAGCUGGCCUCCCUGAGAGAAGCAGAGCGUGCCAAUCAUGAGGCACUGGAGAAGGAGAAGAUGGAAGUUGCCAGAUUGGAGGCAGAGCUGGCUGUGAUGAAAGAGGCUGAGCUUGCAGCUGCCCAAGCAAGCGAGAGACACAGGACGGAAAUUGCUCAGCUCGAAGGCGAACUUGCGUCAGUGAGAGAGGCAGAGUCUGCAGCUGUCCAUGCCAGGCAGGAUGCCUCAGAGAGGGAGAAAUCCGAAGUGGAAAAACUGGAGAAAGAGCUGGCUUCCCUCAGGGAGAAGCAGGAAGAUAUGCAGAUGAAGGGCGAGAUCUUGGGUGAAAUCUGGAGGCAUUUAUGUUCUCUGGCUGAAGGAAACGUGCCAGAGGAGAUCCCUGUCCCUGUUGACCUGUCUCACCUCCUGGACACCGUGCACUCUAUAGAAGCACAAAUGACAAGGCUGAAAGACGAAUGCAGCGCAAGUGAGGAACAGUGUGCCCAGCUCACCCACAGCAUGGAAACCCUGAAGGAACAACUCGAAAUAAAAACUACAGAACAGGAAGAGACCAACACCAAGAUACAGCAGUUGGAGCAGCAAAUUGUAACAAUGUCAGAUAGACAUGAGGUGGCUGAACCAACACAGGAUUCAUCUGAAGCUGAAAAAGCACACAUACUGGCCCUGGAGCAGCAACUAUUAGAAAAAGACAACGAGCUGGUUGCCUUGCGCAAAUCCCUCACGCUGGCUACUAUGCACAAUUCCAGUGAGUCUGCACCAAAUGAAAACUAUGACCAGACCCUAGAUCAGGGUGAGGAUGCUGGUACAGCUCCCCUUGAUAGCUCUGCAGCGCUCCCUGACUUCGUGGUGGACACCCAAGAAGAAGAGACCACCUUAGUGGCUGAAGACACCUCUGUUCUCUCCAUUUCUGCUGAGAAUGAGAGUAGCCCAGAGCUAAUAGGAAACCAGUCUGAGUCCCCAGAGGAAUCCAAAGGCACCUCCUCAGAUGAAAUGGUCGCCAGUAGUGAUUCAGAGGUGGCUCACAGCAGCUGGACUCUACUGGAAGCUCUGAAUCAAGAUGGAGGUCAGGAAUGGCCCUCCAUCAUCCAGGAUUUUGGCCAGUCAUGGGUGGCAACAGGUAUGGAGCAGGAAACCACCACAGUUCAAGUUGAGUCUUCCUCUGUCGUCAUCAGAGAGACGGUCCAAGUUCAUGUAAGUCAGCAGAGUUCCUCCUCCUCCCGAGAAGCUAACGUUAACUCCGGCCAGGUCUUUGCUCAGGCCUUAGCGGAGGAACUCCAGAAGAGGUACAGUGAACUUCUGGCAGAGUUGCAGAGACUCAAAGAGGCAACUGCAGAGUCGCAAGAGAAAAUUAAGAGUCUGGAAGAAGAAACACAGUCCCUAACUGCUGCUAAAGAAGAAGCUGAGUCUAAGGCUGCUAGUUUAGCAGAGGAGCUCAGUUCAGCCAGAGAGGAGCAAGAUAAACAUUCCCAGCAAAACAGCUCUGUGGUGAAGAAGCAGAGUGUUGAAAUUCAGCUUCUAGAAGAACAGAUAGACAUUUUAAACACUGAAAAUAAAACCAAGGAUGAACAACUUCAGGCUUUGAAGACAGAUCUGGAAACAGCCCAGCAUGCUCUCUCUACGCAGGAGGGUCAGGCUAGGAUGCUCAGCACUCAGCUAGAGGAAAGAGAGCUCCUCUCCUCUAAGCUGGAAAGGAGGCUUCAAGAAAUGGAAAGCAGCAUACUGGAAUACUCCCAGACAUCAGAUCUCAAUAAUGAGUCUUUGUCAAAGAAGGACUCAGAGAUUAGUGAGCUACAGCUUCGUCUCAGCCAGAAGGAGCAGGAGAUAAUGGAGCUCAAUGACAGCAUGUCUGCUAGACUCCUUCAAACAGAAGAAGAAAAGUUCCAGAUUGACAGUGAACUGAGUAAACUGAAGGAGCAGAUAGUGGAACUUCAGGUGGUUAAAGAUGAGAAACAGCAAGUAGCUGCUGAAGACCCAGCUGUUCUUGUAAAUGACGAAGUUGCUUAUUUACGACAGGAAAAAGAAGUCUUGGAAAAGCAGCUGACGAACACAAAGAAGAAGUUGCAGGCGGCACUUGUGCAGAGAAAAGAGCUCAUGAAGAAGGUUGCUGACUUUGAGACAGAAGCGAAGAAAUGGAAAGAGAAGGAUGAAGCAGCAACAGGAGAAAUUGCUGAAAAGUCUGAAAGACACAAGAUUCAGGAGAUGGAGGCCAAACUCAUGGAGCUCAAGCAAGCUUUAAGAUCCAAAGAAGAAGCAGUUGAGACUCUUGAGCAGAAAAUAAGCCAGCAGGACCAAGUUCUCACUGAGACACUGGAUCUGAAUAGAAAACUAAGUGAAGAAGCUGAAACCUCUCAGCAGGCUGAGAGUUCUCCUGAAAUGACUGCGUUACAGUCUCAGGUGGCCUCUCUUGAAGCAGAGUGUGAAACGCUUCAGAAGAAGCUUCAAGAGGUGCAAGAGUCUCGCAAAGAAACUAUCCGUAAGGCAAAGGAUAAAGACAGGCACCAUCGUGAACAGCUUAAGCAGCAGAAAGAGGAAUACAGCGAGCUUAUGGAGCGUUUCGAGGUCCAGAGCAGUGAACGAGAAGUUCUUCUCACUAAACUGAGAGAACUAGAAGAAAAGGGGAGCGCCGUAAGAGAAGAUCAGACUCAUCAAGAGCCAAAGCACAGGGUUGAAAAUUUGGAGAAGCCUUCAGGAAAUGAUUGGAUCCAGGAGGACUGGGUGGAUUUUGCUUCACCUGAGACUGAGUCAUCACAACCACAGUCUAGUGAUCCGUGUCAGCCUCAUGCAGAGGUGUCUGAAGUUCUCUCUGCCCAAAUGGAAGAAUCCCUGAAAGCUCUCAGAGAGGAGAUCCAGACUGUGCGGACAGCAAACACUGAACUCGAGAAGCAGCUGCAGGAAACCCAGGCCAGUCUGUCACAGAAGAAUGCUGAAUUAUUGGAAGUGGACAAAGAGCUGCAAGCACUGAGAGAGAAGGAAAGGCAGAUUGAUGCACUUUCUGCAGAAGUUAAUGAUCUCAGAGAGAAGUAUCACGAAGCUGAGUCAUAUGCCGAAGCCCUAAAAGCAGAGAUGGAAGCUGCAGCCAAAGCAGCAGCUGCAGAUUCUUUGUCUUCAGUUGCAGCUCUUCAGGCUGAAGUAGACAGCUUCAAGCAGUUUCUCGAGAGUAAAAACCUUGAGAUAAUGGAGCUAAGUCAGCAGCUGAGUGAGCAGAAUUUACUUAUACAUUCUAUGCAAGACACAGUGGCCCAGAAGGAUCAGCUGAUCGUUUCUUUACAGGAUGACCUAAAGGCUGAAAAAGAAAAGACACACAAGUUAGAGGUUGAGCUUCCACAGAAGCAAGAAGAAGAUAAUGACAGCGAAGAAAAGAUCCAGCAGCUUCAACGAAAGCUUCAGGCUGCUCUGAUCUCUCGCAAAGAGGCCCUUAAAGAGAACAAAACCCAGAAGGAGCAGCUCGCUUCAACGGAGAAGGUUAUAGCUGAGCUGCAGCAGAAAAUUGAAUCUGCUGAAGAUGAGCUGGAGAAGCUGAGAGCUGAAAGAGUUCGACUGAUUGACGAGGUUGAUCGGACAUUACUGGAGAACCAAAGUUUAGGAUCCUCGUGUGAGAGCCUCAAGCUGGCCAUGGAAGGCGUACUCAAUGAGAAAGAUGCCUGUAAGAGAGAAGUGGAGUUGGCAAAAGAAGAAGCAGCCAGAACGUGCAGAGAAUGGGAGGAGAAGGUUCAAAGCAUGAAGGAUGAGUACGAGACACUUCUCAAGUCUUAUGAAAAUGUGAGCGAUGAGGCAGAGAGAGUGAGACGAGUCCUGGAAGCUGCUAGGCAGGAGAGGCUGGAGCUGGCAGCAAAGGUCAGGACUCAUGAGGCAGCAAAGCAGGAAGCUGAAAGACAGGCAGAGGAAGCACAAAAGGAGGUGGAUUCAGUGAAAGAUAAAAUGAGAAAGUUUGCCAAAACAAAACAGCAAAAAAUUUUAGAGUUGGAGGAAGAGAACGAGAGACUCCGAGAGAUUCAAGAAAAGCCGUCAAUAAAACAAGAGGAUAAGACUCUCAGAGCAGAACUUGAGCAGCUUCAUGAAGAGCUGGGAGAUUUGAAAGCUGAGCUUGAUUCUGCGGUGGCAGAAAGAGACUCCUUAGGGCAGCAGAUUGAAGGUCUGAGGGAAGAACUUGCUCAAAUGAGAGAAAAACAAAAUGAAAUUUCAGUUACUCCACUCAGCUCUACCCCUGCUGUAGAAGAGGUUGUCACUGCCCAGCAAGCAGAUGCAAGUACGACAACAAUAGAACCUGUUGAGAUUCAGUAUGUGGACAAAGAACGACCCUUAACACCAGAAGACGCCCAAGGUGACCAAAUAGUUGCAGUGUCUGCACAAGAAACAUGUUUGCCACCUGCUGAAGAAAAAGAAAAAGUGAGUGAAAGCGCUCAGAUGUUAUUAGAAAAUAAAAUGAGGGAGAUUGAAGCUGCUUUUACCACUGAGAGAGAACUAUGGCAGGAACAAGAAACUGAACUCAAAGCUAAACUGGCUUCUCUUGAGCGACAUUUUCAGGAGGGUAAAGAGAAGGAGAACCUCUUAGCCUCUUUAGAGAAAUGCCUUCAAGAAAGCAAAGAGAGAGAAAAGAAUCUAAUGGAAGAGGCUGCAAAGAGGGAAAUCCAGUUCAAAGAACUUCUCAAAAGUCUUGAAACUGAAAAAGAUAAUCUGGAGGAACGUCUGAUGAACCAGCUGGCUCAGCUCAAUGGAAGUAUCGCUGGCUACCAGCAAGAGGUGGCUGAGGACCGGGAGCACCUCACUGAGCUACAGCGGGAGGUUGAAAGGUUGGAGAGGGAAAGAGCUGAACUUGAAGCCGAGGCUCAGAGCGAGAAGGACCGAGCUGCUAGGCUGGAAGAGGACAUGAGGCAAGCCCAGCGAGAAAGAGCUGAGGCCGAAGCAGAGUCUGGCAAACAGAGGGAGCUGGAGCAACAGCUGAGGUCUGCUCAGAGGGUCAAAGAAGGCAGCCAAAGCAGAGCACGUCAGCUGGAAGAACUGCUGAGAGAGAAACAGCUGGAAGUCCGUCAGCUGCAGAAGGACUGCAUUCAGUACCAGGAGAGGAUCAGUGAACUGGGUAAAGAAGCCAAGGUGCUGCAGAUAAGCCAUGAUGAGCUCCGCAACAAAGUGGAACAAUCCCAGCUGGAGGCUUCCAAAACCCUGGAGGACCUGAAAAGAACUGAAGCAGAAGUUGCUAGUUAUAAAUCCCAACUAGACGAGGCCCAGAAACAGGCAAGCGAGGCCUUAGCUGCUAAAAAGACUAUUGAACAGACCAUCCAGCAGAGAGAGGCUGCUUUGAAAGCUGAGGCAGAGGAAACUCUGGACUCUGUGAGAUUCAGGCUGGGAGCUGAACUGAAGGAGAUGGAGCUGAGACUGGAGGAGGCAUAUAGAGAAAGAGAGAAGGAAGAGGAAGCUACUCUGGAGGCCAGAGAGAUAGCAGAAGAUGCUGAGAGAAGAGCCCAGGAGAUGCAAGCGCGCCUGGAUGAGUCUCUGGCCAGGCUAGCUGCCUUCUCACGCUGCAUGUCCUCCCUGCAAGAUGACCGGGACCGAGUUGUGGAUGAGGCCAGGCAGUGGGAGAUACGCUUUAAUGGUGCCCUGCAGGCGAAAGAGGCUGAAGUUCGAGAGGCUGAAACACGUGCCAAGGGGCUUGCAGAACAACUUCAGAAAGAAACUGCACUGAAAGAGGAACUUCAAGUUUCAGUUGAAAGAUUAGAGAAAGCAGACAAGGACUGGAAGCUAAGAUUGGAAGAAGAAGAAAAGAAAAUCACUGCGAGCCAAGCUGCACUGGAGGAGGAGAAGAGGAAGCUUCAGCAAACCACAGCUGAAUUGGAGUCUGCACAAAAUGAAGCCCACGUCUUGAAAAAUGAGAUGGAGAGUCUCCAUCAGAGAACUCGGGCUCUGGAGGAGGCUGUAGGUAGGGUUCAGGGUGAAGUUGAACAGACCAGGUCAGAACUGAGGGAGAGGGAAGCAGAAGAGAGACGGCUGUGUCUGAACGUGGAGCAGCUGGAGACAGACCUGCGAUCCUCCAAAGCUCUGACAGAGAGCUUACAGGCUGAGUUAAAUGAGAAGGAAAGGAGGGAAGUAGAAAUGCUGGGGGAGCAGGAGCAAGCUGUUGCUCAGGCUGCAGAGGACGCGAGAAAGGAGGCCGACAGCAGGGCACAAGAAGCUGAGAAGGAGCUUGAGCAGAGAAGGGGAGAGGUGCGUGAUCUGGAAGAAAAGCUGCGAAAGGGAGAAGAAGAGAGCAACAACAGAAAAGCCAGGCUGGAUUCUUUCAUGAAGGCCAUGGGCUCCCUGCAGGAUGACAGAGACAGAGUCCUCAACAUGUACAAGCAGCUGGAAGAGAAACACUUGCAGGUGAUGAUGGAGAAAGAUGGUUUGAUCCAAGAGGCGGCAGGCGAGAAUAACAGCCUUAAGGAGGAGCUGCGCUCUCUGCUGGUCCAGAGAGAUGACCUGUAUGCUGAAAGGGCCCAGCUAUCUGCUCAGCUUUAUGGCUAUCGAGAUGAACUUAAACAGGUGUUAAGCAUGAAGGACUCCCAGCACAAACAGCUUCUGGCAGCCCAGAGACAGCGUAUUGCAGCUUUAGAAAGGGAACGUGAAGAGUUGGAAAGUCAGUUAAAGAGCCUCAGCAGAGUCAAAGAGACAGAAGUGAUACAGAAGGUGGAGAGCGAGACUCUUAGUCAGGCAGCUGACAGGAGGCCAGCAUCAGAGGUGAUACACGCACCUGGUGCAGAAGUUGAGAAGCUUAGGGAGCAGUUGCAGGCAGCAAGAGAGCAAGUGGCAGCUUUGGAAGAGACUCUGCAUCGUGAGAGGCAAGAACAGGAGAACAAGAGCAAAGAACUAGCAGAGUUGCGAUGGGAGGGAGGGGUGAUGCGGACAGAGUCAGAGAGCGCUCAGGAGAGGGUAGCGGAGCUGGCCCGAGACCUGCUGGCUGUUGAACAGAAGCUGCUGGAGGAGAAGGAGAUGACAGAGAAUCUCAGACGGGAGAAUCAGUCGUUUUCUAAUGCCAUGGCCUCCCUCCAGGACAGCAGGGAUGAGGCAGUAAACAAGGCCCAAGAACUGAGACAAAAACUGGAAGAAAUGAACAAGGGAAGUGGCCACACAGCACACAGUAGCCCUGGAGGCACCACUGGAGAAGUGUGGGGACUGAAGAAUGCACUGCAGGCCCUGCAGAAUGACAGGGAGAGGCUGCUGGAGCAGCUUAAAGCCCAGGAGUCUGAGCUGAAGAAGCAGAAGUCAGAGCUGGCUCGGCUGGGAGCAGGAGAGCUGAUUAAAGUCAGCCAGGAGCUGUUUGAGGAGAAGAAGAAGAGCGAAGACAUGCUGGGUGCCAUAACACAGCUGGAGAAUGGUGUGGAAAUGGGCAAGCAGGAAAUAGAAACACUCAGGCUUGAACGUAUUGAUUGGAUGGCUCAAGCGGAGCAGCUGAAGCAGCAGACUCUGGCCACACUGUCAGAGAGGGACCAACAACUGAAGCAGCUCACCACCAUGCUGGAAGAGGCUCGGGCUCACAAGCCCAAACUCCAGCAGGAGCAUUAUCAGAGAGCGGGCACAGAGGCAGUUUCUAGCGCUCCCGGAGCCCCUCAGGAGCGAAGCAGCCUGCUCGAGAGCCACGCCCACAUGGCUGAGGUCAAAGAGCUACAGCGCAGACUAGAUGAAGAGAUGCAGCAGAGAAUGGCUAUUGAGGAGCAGCUGAUGGCCACACAAGACCGACUUAAACGCCACAGCGAGGCUAAAUGGCACUCUGCACAAGACGGGGAUUCCUCAGAGACUGCCGUUUUUAUCGAGCCGCCGGAAGGAGCUGUCACUCGAACCCGGAGAGGCGGUCCCGGUUUGAUGCGGAUGCUCCGAGUGGCCUUCUGCUCCCGUCAGCGCACGCCUCUGCUGCUCAGCCUCUACCUGCUCACUGUGCACGUCCUGCUGCUGCUGUGCCUGGGUGGAUACCUCUGAAACCAGCUCCCUUUAUGAUAAACCUAACAGAUAAGAGGUGAAGAGAGCGAGAGAGGAGGGUAGAGAAAACAGUUAUGUGACCCGAGCCAUCAAUAUGAUUUAUAUUAUGUGUAAUAAAUUAAAGAAGGGUACAAACAAAUGUUGCACUUUAUAGAAGUUUACCUUUUGAUAUCUUUGAUUUUAAUCAUUUGGUUGUGGUACUUUUGAGUGCGAAUGGUAUCUUUCCAAAACCGAAGCAGAGAGGACAUAAAGGGACACGGUUUUAACUUUCCUUAAGAAAAGAGUUUUAGGAGAAAAUGAGAUCCAGAAGUGAUUGUUUUAGGAGAUGGAGAUGUUUUUGGCUUUCUUCUUGUGCCUUUAGAUAUGGAUAUACCAUAAGCUGUAUAUAAAAGAUAUGCAGUCUGUGGCUAUAACCUGAAAGGGUCACUUUAAGUUCUACAUUUUGGGAAGCUUUUAGCUUUCUGGAAGCGUGUAAGUUUUUGUUGUGAGACUUUGAAAUGACUCAAAUCUAAUCCCCAAGUUACCGACUGAUACCAAAGUCCUUCUGGAUGCAAGUCUUGGCAUUUUGGUGGUCUUGAAACACCUCUGGGCACUUACCUGAGCAUUAUCUAAAUUAACUUUUAUUUCAGCUGCCACUGGGACAUAAAAAUUGCAUGAAUAAAACCAAUGGAUGCAUCUGAUUUUUUUUUUUUUUUAAACUUUGUUUUAAAAGCAUUUUUUUACCCUGGAAGUUGCACUUCGUCCACUAUCUUUGACCUUAAUUCAGGCUGCUUUGAGGGCCAUGUCUCUGUCUCAUAAUGUAUAGCAUCUGUAUACAGUCUAAAAUACGGCUAACUUAUAGAAAAAGGCGAACUGGUUGGGGAAUUUUCCUAUAAUCCGGUUAAAAAAACACUUGUAUUCACCUCUAUAUGUCAAAUAUAUAUAUCUCUAAGUUAAAAAAAAAAAACCCUGCAAUGUAACAACAGCUUUCUGUUUUGGUGUUAGGUUAGCUCUGAGCUGUUCAUAGGCAGCCAGAAAGAAAGUUGUGACCAAGAACCAGCGUUUUUGUAGAUCAGAUAAACCAGAUAUAACCUGUUAAUUGUUAACUGGCUCGUAGCUACUGCCUGCAGCAGAAACACAAAGAUUUUCUGUAGCUAACUCCACCAGAAAGCGGUGAGCCUCUUUCUCCAAAUGCCAGCUCUUCUUUUUUUUUUCUUUUUUUUUUACGAUGGCUUGAGGUUCAGGGUGUGCUCUUCUAGUCUAGUUUCUUCCUAAUCUGCUCAUCUCAUGCACAAAAACGGAGAACAGUGCAAUUUCAGUUACUUGCACAUUCCUCUAUUAUGCGUUCCCUCCUUCUCUCUUUUUUUUUUUUUUAAAGAAACAUAUUAAUAUUUGUAAAUAUCAGCUGGAUGUGGGUUUUCCUCUUGCACGUCCAAUAUGAUUCCCUGCCCAUGCUCCUGCUGCAGAUUUAGAUUUUUUUACAGUUUGCUCUGUACAUUUUAUGGGAGAUGAAGUUGCCUUCAGGUGCAAUGUUACCACAGUGAGGAAGACUGCUGUGAUUUCUAAUGAUAUCUGUCCCAUUAUAUUAUGGACUAACAAGGAUGUAGCAUAACUUAUAUUUCGAACCCCUCCUCAUCUUCUGUUUAAUCGUUGUGAAACUCUGAAUACGUCACACCUUAAACACACACUUGCAUUGUAAAUAACUGUUUAAAGGGCUGUAUAGAAUAAUAAAGUCUCAUUAAAGUGUUGGUGGUUUAGAUCAGGGACCAGUCUUUUCAAGAAUGAAUCUUUUUCUCAUUAGCGUGUCAGACAGUGGAAGGUUUUAGUGAUUUACAUUAAGAGGUUUGUUUACCCUUUGUUUGGGCUUGGUUAGCUUUAAAUCGCUUUCUUUACCUUUGAAUUAAUAACAUGAUUCAGAUUAAUUGGCUUUUUAUAUUGGAAAGCCUGUUUACCCGACCAAGUUCUCUUCUGAGAGAUCAAAUGAAGCUCAGGUUCAGACCAGCUGAGAGAAAUGGUGGCACACUGUAACAUUUUGAAAUGCACACAUUAUCUAUAAAACACUAGAAAUGCUUUUCUUUAUGGGAGGAGGAUCUGUAUACAUGUACACUCACUGUUAUUGCUGACACAACAAUCACAGCUUUUAAUAAAGAUAUUUUU